GAGAAAAGAAAAAUAAUAAUAGCCCAGCCUCCUCGAUCCCAUCUCGAGCCCAGCCUGCCGCCACCUCCUGCCCCACGCCGCCGCCGCGCGUCGGCGACCCCGCUGCCGCCACCUCCAGCCCGCCCCGCCCCGCGCCGCCCGCCCCUGCCGCCGCGGCCACCUCCAGCCAGCCCCGCGGCGGGCUCUCCCUCACCUCUCUAUCCCAGCCGCCAGGAGGCGACCGACCCCGGCGAUGCUCCAUCCGGUGCCGGGACGCCCGCCGGUCGGCGCCGGCGAGCACAGCACCAGGAACCACCGUUAAGCCUCAGAUCCCCCUCUCCUCCACGCUCCCGAGCUCGUCACUGUGCGCCGCCCGGGAGGGCUCGCGUUCGAUGCAGAAAGGCAGCGGACGGAGCUUGCAGGGCCCGGAUCCGUACGUGGCGAUUUUGGGGAGGAGGAGGGGUGUCGCUGGUGACGCGGAGGAAGGCCGGAGCGCGCUUCCCGCUCGGCUCCAUGGCGGCUCCUGGACAGAAAUCCAUGGCGGCUCCUGGACAGAAAGGAGAUAGGGAGGUGAGGGAGAAAGGGACAGUGAUGAGCUCCAGACAGAAAAGAAUCUCAUACUGCAAAAGAUUGAUGGUCAGAUCAAGUGUAUUAAUGAAAUGUGCAACAUGAUGUCUCUUGAUCUUAAGAAGACAUUAUAUGAAGUUCAUCCCAGCUUUGUUGAAUUGGAAAGAAUCAAAUCCAUGAGUGUAAGUGAUAGCACACUUGAUAGGCUUGCAGGAAAAGUUCAUGCACUAAAUCAAGAAAAGAAACAGAGGCUUCGGAAGGUCCUGGUGUUUGCUGUUCAUCUACAAGAUCUUGGAGGCACACUCAUUGAGUUAUGGAGUCUAACGGACACACCAUUAGAUGAACAGAAAUGCUUUGAUCAUGUUACUUCUUUGAUUUCAGUCUCACAAAAUACAGUGAUGCCUCAAGGAUGCCUUGCACAUGACCUUAUUAAGAAGGUAGAGGUUGAGGUCAAGAGACUGAAGCAUUCGAAAGCUAGCAAAAUGAAAGAGCUUGUCUUAAAGAAAAUGAUUGACCUUGAAGAAAUCUACAGAAGUGUUCACAUGUAUAUUGACAGCGAUCAUGAGUGUGAUAUUUGGUUAAACUGGAGAUCCUAGCUAUAGAACAUCAGCGGUGUAAAGUAUAUGUAUUGCUGCUCAGAGGUUCUGUAGAUACAUCUUUACUGAUUUUUCAUCUUUAUCAUGUAUGCUUCAAUUUUCUUGCAUGCCAAAUAAACAUAAGUUCAUGUUUUAUUGUUUAGUUGUCUCAUGUUCGCUCUUCAUUAUUCUAUAUCAAAGUGAUGUCGUUCAAUGCGUUUGUCCCUUGCUGAUGUAGAAAUUGAUUUCCAUGAAGCAUGCCCUCAAGGUGCAACAAUAUCAUUCUUCCUGGUGUUGCAUUAAAUAUACCUCUUAUUUGUUAAAAAAAUCCUUUGGAUUUGGGAUUAGUAUAUUAGGUAGACAUCUUUUGGUUAACAACAGAUUUGAGUGCAGGGUAGAAUUCUUGGUUGAUUCUAGAAUUUCAUUGUAGAUUAGCUGGCAGAUUAGAACGUCUUUGGCAAGUUCUUUGUUGGUUAGGUCAAGCUCCCUUAGCACUGGACCCAGCAGACGCGUGUGCGUGUGCAGAUCUCACAUGCAUCUACUGCACCACUUGUUGUUGGAUGGCAGUGUGGUAUCCAAGCGUGUGGAAGGCCUAUCCGCCACCAUGGGGGCGCAACUCAGCUCCGAGGAGAACAGUUCCAAGGCCCAACUAACAGGCUACCACAAUUCCCCUAGACCACUCGCGGACUGUAAUUGAAUUGCUUUAUUGAUCUAUCUAUCAAUUAAUCAUAGGCUACAA